UAAUUGAAGUCUCGAAUGCCAAUUUUCCCUAUGUAGGAAUCUUUAAUGCAAAAUCUCAAUUAAAGACAUCGAAAUACAAAUAUUAGUACUCGGUCUAGAUAUUCAAAUAUAAAAUUUAGUACCCAUUACAAAUGUUGUCAUAAUGAAUUUUGUUAUGCCAGUAUUGCUCAAGCAAUGGCUAGACGUUGUCGUAGUUGAAGAGCACUAUUCAUGUCCAAUCAUAUAUUUUCGUCAUUGAAUGUUACCUCAAUAAGAGAUACCCCAUUAAGGUAUGGGAGAAUGUGUUUCAAUACCUCAUGAGUCAACCCAAAGCGAACCCAGUCCCUAUCAAUCUAUUGCUUUAGUUGUUGAUAAGGAAUCAGAUUAGGUAGUGUUGGAAACGAGAAAUAUGAUUAUCGAAACGAGAGCAAAUGAGCAAUGAUUAAGCAAAAAUAUUAACAAGCAGCUAGAGCCAUCCAUGAUGCUCUCAUUCACAUGCUAAAUGGCAGCAGCAGUGUUUGAUUUUACCACUCUUUGUCCAUAUACACACAGUGAGAGAGAGAGAUGAAUUUGACCUUAAAUGCUAAUUAUAAAGUAAGAUAUCUGACCUUGACCUUGCAGCAAGGGGAGGCUAAUGAGAAUGAUAAAGAGUAUUCUAAUGAUGAAAAUAGUGAAAGCACAUUUGUUACUGGCAAUGAUAACAAUCUUCAAAAUACCCCUCAAAACAACAACAAUCUUCAGAAUACUCCUCAAAACAACAACAAUGUUCAGAAUACCCCUCAAAAUAGCAACAAUGUUCAGAAUACCCCCAAAAUAGCCCAUGAAGAUAUUCUAAUUUUGCAAAUGAUAUCCCCAGUGAUAUACUCAUCUACAAACAUCCACAUGUGGCUCAAACAAAAAUGAUAAACUUCACGUUGCUGCUGCAUGCAAAGCAGCGGAUAAGAGUAUCAUGAAAGGCUAUAGUCGUUUCUCAAUAUUUUCACCUAAUCAUCAAUCUCGCUUCGAUAACCAGGGCGUUGUUUUUCUCAUUUCCAACACUAGCUAAUCUGAUUCCUCGACAACAACUAAACCAAUGGAUUGCUAGGGAGUGGGUUUGCUUUGGACUUACUCAUGAGGUAUUGAAUCACAUUCUUUCAUACCUUAAUGGGGUAUCUCCUUUUGGAGUAGCAUUCAAUGACAAAAAUAUAUGAUUGGAUAUGAAUGGUGCUUUUCAACUACCCAAAUUUGACAAAGUCUAGUCACUACUCAAGCAAAACUGCAUAACAAAACUAAUUAUGACGACAUUCGUAGUGGGCACUAAAUUUGUAUUUAGAUGUCUAGACCUAAUACUAAUAUUGGCAUUUGGAUGUCUUUGAUGGAAAGUUUACAUUAAAUUUUUAAAGACUUCAACUUUCUGAUUUGAACAUACCAAGCUGAGAUUGGUGAUUUGCGUUACUAUUCUUGUUGGUCCUACUGUUUGAUUUCGAAUGUAGGGUUUCUGAUACUAUUUCUGUUUGAAUCUAAAUCUUUUCAUACUCUCUGAGUUUGAUUUUUCUAUGGUCGUGUUACAAAUCGAUGUUGCUAAUGUUGUGUUUAACACAGCCUUUUCAAGAUGACAAUUGCUACUUUGAAUCAAGAAGUGGCACAUGAGCCUCUACUCGUAAAAAAAAUUUCGUUGCAAUUGGGAACAGAGCGCUAAUAACAGCAAAUGCGGGACGUAGGUGGUGUUUGGGUUAAAUGAGAAUCACCAAUUCAUAUGAGUUGACAGAUUUCAGAAGGUAAAAUCAAACAUAAUACCUGGAAUCUCUCAACCCAUAUAAAUUGGUGAUUCUCAUUUAACCCAAACACCCACCUACGUCCCGCAUUUGCUGUUAUCAGCGCUUUGUUCCCAAUAGCAACAAAAUUUUCUUUUACGAGUAGAGGCCCAUGUGCCAUUUCUUGAUUCAAAGUAGCAAUUGUCAUCUUGAAAAGGUUGUGUUAGACACAACAUUAGCAACGUCAAUUUAUAACACAACCAUAGAAAAAUCACACUCAGAGUAUGAAAAGAUUUAGAUUCAAACGGAAAUAGUAUCAGAAACCCUACAUUCGAAGUCAAACAGUAGGACCAACAAGAAUAGUAAUGCAAAUCACCAAUCUCAGCUUGAAAUUGCUCAGAUAGCAUCCAAAAAUAUUAUAAAUUUGAAAAACAGAACUCAAAGGCUAAAGUUGGGAACCAAUUUGUAACACAACAAUUAGGAGUGUGACAAGAUUUAGAUUCGAAUAGAAACAGCAACAGAAACCCUAGAUUCAAAGUCAAAGGACCAACAAGAAUAGUAACGGAAAUCACCAAUCUCAACUUGAAACUACUCAGAUGAAAUCCGAAAACAAUUAUAAAUUCGAUGGAUUGAAUUCAAAAAUUAAAUUGGGAACCAAUACCGUUCGCAGAACCAUUCUUACGAACUCCUGUGCGUUGAUGCGUUAACGGGGACGGAGCCUUGGUCGUCGUGCGGCGGUGGAGUGGGCUAUGUUUGGGGACACUGUUUUUUGGUGUCAUUUUCCUAAACGAUAUUCUCCGCCGCUACCUGAUCGCCAUCUUCACCUGAUUAAAAAUCAAUCGCCAUCUUCACAUCGCUCUUCCGAUCGCCAUCUCCAAGACAGGAGGCUUGUGAACCCAAACACUAUACCGGGUUUUGGAUGAAGAGAUAAAGCCACAUGAGAUUUGUUUCCAUGGCGUGGCGGGAACUGUUUUCUCUCAACACAAGAAGAUAUGCCAUACCUUCAACUGCCUUAGUAUCAUCCCGUGGAAGCUUUGCUAAGUUUUCUUCCAAAUCUAAUGAGUACUUCGUGAAGGUAGGAAUUCCGGAGUUCUUGAAGGGAGUGGGGAAAGGGGUGGAGACCCACGUGGAAAAGCUUGAGUCUGAGAUUGGAGAUUUUAACAAGCUUCUGGUUACUCGAACGCUUAGGCUCAAGCGUCUUGGUGUUCCCGUAAAGCAUAGGAAGCUAAUAUUGAAGUAUACGCACAAAUACAGACUCGGCCUUUGGAGGCCUGCAGCGGAGCCUGCAAAAACGAAAUGACACUUCUAAACAUCCGUCCAGUGCAGUAAGUUUCUCCAGCGUGUGUGCUUUGUAAUGCUUUACCCCUUUGCUUUUUUUGAAUUUGUUGGAGUUUCAUGGUGAAUGGGGAUACUGAAAAUCUUUGGUGCCGUGCCAUAUUGGCUUAAACAAAUACUCCGCAUUACUUUCAUUUCCAUUUUUCACACAAUUUAGAUCAUCGACUGUGUUUUCCUUUCAUGAAGUUAGACAUGAACACAUGCCCAAAAGCUUGUUUUCACAAUUCUGCCCUUCCAAACCGUCUUGGAUUCGGUUAUGAACCUUAUAAAU